UUGAGGUCUGGCGGAAGAGGGGGACGGGGCGUGGCAGGGCUUACUCGCGGGCUGCGUGGGGCUCACUGAGCCCGGGAAUGUGGGUUUAGGGGGGUGGAAACGCGCAGUCCUGGGGCGGGGGCGGUCGGGUGCAGGAGAUGGCGGCGCGAUGGAGCAGCGAGAACGUGGUGGUGGAGUUCCGCGACUCCCAGGCAACUGCAAUGUCUGUGGACCGUCUCGGGCAGCAUGCUGUGCUUUCCGGCCGCCGAUUCUUAUACAUCGUUAAUCUAGAUGCCCCUUUCGAAGGUCACCGAAAGAUCUCUCGCCAGAGCAAAUGGGACAUUGGAGCUGUGCAGUGGAACCCUCACGACAGCUUCGCACACUAUUUUGCAGCUUCGAGUAACCAGCGGGUCGACCUUUAUAAGUGGAAAGAUGGCAGCGGGGAAGUUGGCACAACCUUACAAGGCCACACUCGUGUCAUCAGUGACUUGGACUGGGCCGUAUUUGAGCCAGAUCUCCUGGUUACCAGCUCCGUGGACACCUACAUCUACAUUUGGGAUAUCAAAGACACAAGGAAGCCCACAGUUGCACUGUCCGCUGUAGCCGGUGCCUCACAGGUCAAAUGGAAUAAAAAAAAUGCUAAUUGCCUUGCCACCAGUCAUGACGGGGAUGUGCGAAUAUGGGACAAACGGAAACCCAGCACGGCAGUGGAGUAUCUCGCAGCCCACCUCUCCAAAAUCCACGGCCUGGACUGGCACCCAGACAUUGAGCACGUUCUUGCUACCUCCAGUCAGGACAACUCUGUCAAGUUCUGGGAUUACCGCCAGCCUCGGAAAUACCUCAGUAUUCUCCCUUGCCAGGUGCCUGUCUGGAAGGCCAGAUACACUCCUUUCAGCAAUGGACUGGUGACUGUGAUGGUCCCCCAGCUGCGGAGGGAAAAUAGUCUCCUCUUGUGGAACGUCUUUGACUUGAACACCCCAGUCCACACGUUUGUGGGGCAUGAUGAUGUGGUGCUGGAGUUCCAGUGGAGGAAACAGAAGGAGGGGUCCAAGGACUACCAGCUGGUUACGUGGUCACGGGAUCAGACCUUGAGAAUGUGGCGAGUGGAUUCCCAGAUGCAGAGGCUUUGUGCAAACGACAUAUUAGAUGGUGUCGAUGAGUUCAUUGAGAGCAUUUCUCUUCUGCCGGAACCAGAGAAGACCCUUCACACGCAAGAUAUAGAUCACCAGCACAGCUUGAGCCACGGGGAGGAAGAAGUCUUAAAGGAAGACCCCCCGAGCAGUGUCCUGGAAGAGAAUAAAUCGGAGCAGCCAGGGCUGCCUCAGACUCUGCAGCAAGAGUUCUCGCUGAUCAACGUGCAGAUCCGGAACGUCAAUGUGGAGAUGGACGCGGCGGAUAGGAGCUGCACGGUGUCCGUGCACUGCAGUGGCCACCGUGUCAAGAUGCUGGUGAAGUUCCCCGCGCAGUACCCCAACAACGCUGCCCCUUCCUUCCAGUUUAUCAACCCCACAACCAUCACAUCCACGAUGAAAGCGAAGCUGCUGAAGAUCCUGAAAGACACUUCCCUGCAAAAAGUGAAACGAAACCAGAGUUGUUUGGAGCCCUGCCUGCGCCAGCUCGUCUCCUGCCUUGAGUCUUUCGUGAACCAAGAAGACAGCACUUCCAGCAACCCCUUUGCACUCCCAAACUCUGUUACUCCGCCCUUACCAACGUUUGCCCGAGUGACCACUGCCUAUGGGUCAUACCAGGAUGCCAAUAUUCCCUUCCCUAGGACCUCGGGGGCCAGGUUCUGUGGAGCAGGGUUUCUGGUGUAUUUCACAAGGCCAAUGACGAUGCAUCGAGCAGUGUCUCCGACAGAACCUACUCCGAGGUCUCUGUCAGCCUUGUCUGCUUAUCAUACUGGCUUGAUUGCGCCCAUGAAGAUCCGCACGGAGGCCCCUGGGAACCUUCGUUUAUACAGCGGGAGCCCCACUCGCAGUGAGAAGGAGCAAGUCUCCAUCAGCUCCUUCUACUAUAAGGAGCGGAAAUCCAGGAGAUGGAAAAGCAAGCGUGAGGGAUCGGACUCUGGCAAUCGACCAAUCAAGGCUGCUGGGAAAGUUAUCAUCCAGGACACUGCAUGCCUUCUUCCUGUUCACAAAUCACUGGGAGAACUGUACAUAUUGAAUAUGAAUGAUAUUCAAGAAACAUGCCAGAAGAAUGCCACUUCUGCCUUGCUUGUUGGAAGGAAGGACCUUGUCCAGGUUUGGUCGCUGGCUACAGUCGCUACAGAUCUUUGCCUUGGUCCCAAGUCUGACCCAGAUUUGGAAACACCCUGGGCUCGACAUCCAUUUGGGCGACAGCUGCUGGAGUCCCUUUUGGCUCACUACUGCCGACUCCGGGAUGUCCAGACAUUGGCCAUGCUCUGCAGCGUGUUUGAAGCCCAGUCACGGCCUCAGGGAAUACCAAACCCCUUCGGACCCUUUCCCGGCCGGUCCUCUAACCUUGUGGUGUCCCACAGCCGAUAUCCCAGCUUUACUUCCUCGGGCUCCUGCUCAAGCAUGUCAGACCCAGGGCUCAACACUGGUGGCUGGAACAUAGCGGGAAGAGAGGCAGAACAUGUCUCCUCACCUUGGGGAGAGUCUUCUCCAGAAGAAAUCCGCUUUGGGAGUCUUACCUACAGUGAUCCCCGUGAGCGAGAACGUGAUCAGCAUGAUAAAAAUAAAAGGCUUCUGGACCCCGCCAAUACCCAGCAAUUUGAUGACUUUAAGAAAUGCUAUGGAGAAAUCCUCUACCGCUGGGGUCUGAGAGAGAAACGAGCUGAGGUGCUGAAGUUUGCCUCCUCUCCUCCGGAUCCUCAUAAAGGGAUUGAGUUUGGUGUGUACUGUAGCCACUGCCGGAACGAGGUCCGUGGCGCGCAGUGUGCCAUCUGCAAAGGCUUCACGUUCCAGUGUGCCAUCUGCCACGUGGCCGUACGCGGAUCGUCCAAUUUCUGCCUGACCUGCGGGCAUGGUGGGCACACCAGCCACAUGAUGGAGUGGUUUCGGACCCAGGAGGUGUGUCCCACCGGUUGUGGAUGUCACUGCCUGCUUGAAAGCACAUUCUGAACUCACAGACCAUGGGAGUUGUUGCAAAUCCCACGGGAUUCCAUAAAUGUUGGAUGACAAGGUCUCCACCAGGAGGGAGGCUCCAGAAAGCCAUUCUUGAAUAGACUGGAGCAUGUUCCUCUCAAAGACUGCCACUGCACCAGCUGUCCAUGAGCUUUUGCUUCUCUUCUGUUUGGCUCUUGAUGGCGUGGAUGUCACCAGGAAGGAGGAGGGCAGAUGUGCAGAGCCACGUUGCCAGGUGGAAAUCUUCUUGAAGAAAGGCACCUGCCUCUAGAGCCGUGUUUACCUUCAAGGUGUUAACCUUAAACCACUGAAUAGCAUCCUUUCUGAUGCCAUUUCAGACCAAGGUCAGAUACAAAGGACAGUCUCCUGAGCCGAAGGACAAUGGACAUUAACUUAGUUGAUAAGUAGGUCUGUGAUAUAAGUUGGUACAUUUAAAUGAACUGAUGGAUAGUGGCCUUUUAAAAAUAAUAUUUAAAUUAUAAAUACAUGAUGUACUUAAGGACUCUAAAGAUGUAUCUUAUGUUUGUUAUUUCUCUUCAAGCUGCUCUCCCUUGGCUAAUAAAAGUCAGGUAAUUGUUUGAAAAAAAAAAAAGAGAGAAG